ACAUGUUUCUCUUUAUUUGUUUACGUUCUUUUUUAUUUAUGUAAUAAAAUCAUCAAAAUGCCACUUGACUACUCAAAACCAAGUAUAAUAAAGUUUUUGAAAGAAAAUUACGAGCAAGAAAAAGAUCAGCGCGUAGGAUGGUUCCUAGCCAAUAAAGAGACACUCAUCAAACACGCAACUCUGACUGAAAAACAUAAAGGAUACCGAGUAGAUGAUAUCCGAAGAGCACCGAUAGAAAUUUGCAUGCCAGUGGUGACUGUGGAUCACAAAACAAGUGCUGUUAAUCGCCGGAAAAAGGUUCCAAUAGAUGGGCCAGUUUUGGGCGUGGACAAAAGCAAGUCAAUUACAACAAAUCAACUGGUACCAUCCCGUAACCCCGUAAUGCUACCGGUGGAACCCACAGUCAGUAAAAUUCUCUACGAAGAAUUACCUGUAGGCGGCCGUUCACAGUAUCUCAAUGCAAGAAAGCGAAAAAUCCCCGAUGAGAAAUACUACUUUUGUGAAACAAGCACAAACGUUAUUAGUUGGCAAUGGAAAGACAGUGCAUUCCACCGCCAACCACCAAAAUAUGGAAGACGUGCAGUUAUGAUGCGCGAAUGCUCACGCUCAGGGCCGCAACCAGACCCAAAGCACUACAAACAACCUGACCGAGAGGACCUGUGUUUAAAGUGAAUAUUUCUCUAAUUAAAAAGUCUAU